UGUACCGUAUAUACCUUAAUCGCAGCUGAAUGUUUCACUGCCCUACUGCAAACCAGGAUCGUGCAACCCUCACUCGUGCUAAGAAGCAUGAGUCACACUGGAAAGUGUGCCGCUUCCGCUUCGCUUGAACGACCGAGGGGGUUUCGAAGAUCCGCUGUUGUGAAUCAACCCCAAUAGGUAAGGUGACCUGCUAUAUCUCCAUCACCAUCACUCCUCCGCAUGGCAAGUGUCUAGUAUUACUCUAACUGUGGUGCUUAAUGAUGGAAGAGCUUCCGGAAUCGACACACAGCACAUCUUUGCAGCAGCACAUUCAAACUCUCCCGGUAGAGCUUUCCGACUUGAUCUGCGAAUUCGUCUUCACCGCAGACCAGACAUUGUACUACAUUACACGGGGCACUCGUCCACCUUGGCAACUUGGGUCCACAUCCAGACUCAGGCACAUCUACGCGAGCUCCUAUUUCUCUAGCGAAGCAGGCUUCCAGUUCGACAGUGUGGCCACCGCAGCAAAGUGGCUUGCAGUACUUGAGCCACCGUAUCGACGCUGCCUCACCAGAAUUUUUAUCGACUUGAGAGUUGCGGUACCGCCGCGAAGAACGACCAACGUUCCCGGCAUUCGCUAUAAGCUCUUUCAGAUGCAGCUCGGCCCUGAUGUAGCCCGGAAGGCUGUCGUGAGCUUUCGGGUCCGUGGCGAUGGCGCAGAGGACCUUCGUUGGAGGACUUGGCAGGAUGCGAUCGAUUGGAAGGAUACGGAUUCUCGUCCUCAUCGUACUACGCAGACUCCCACAGACUCUCAUCAUGACGUUCUCGAAUGCCACGCUAGCGAUCUUCGCAGCUCGAGCCCUUAGGUGUGCCAGGAAUGCGCGGCGACCGUUGGCAGCAGCCUGGAGUGGCUUCUGCAAUAGCCAGUAAAGUUGCACCGCAAGUGACACCGGGCUUGGUGUUCACUGC